UUCAUGAAAACUGAUCCGCAAAUAUCUGAAUUCACAGCCGAAUUAAUGAAAUUUGAUAAACUUGAAGAAGAAACUUUUGAAUUACCAGACUUUAUAACUGUUGGUCCAUUUUUACUGGAUUCAAGCCAAUUGAAAAAAACUGUAAUAAACUACAUUCAACAAUGGAAAGCUGGAAUAUGCCAAAAACUGAACGAAAAAUAUCAUAUUUUACUUAACAACAUGCUGAUAUUCAUAGAUGAACAAUCUCAAAGUUUAUCUCGGCCUUUAAGAGAUCUGGAAGAUAUUCGCUUACUGAUGAUUUCUUUGGAUUCAAUUUUAGAAAGACAGAUUGAGAUGGAUAUGAAUAUUAUCCCUAUUGAG